ACUUGUUAACUGGUUGUGCGAAUAGCUACCAUCAUCGCUCGCUCGCUCGCUCGGCCUCGGCCCCUGCGGCUAGAAUCAACGGCAAACGGCAACAUCAACGGCAAAGAAGGCAAAGUCAGCGGCUGAUGCGGACUCUUAGCUAUGGAUUCGGACUCGGACUUGUACUUGGACUGCGACUGAUAGUCGUAGUUUUGUCACCUAAGAUCGCGCAUCAUUGUCCACUAGCCACUGGCCACUAGCGAUCGGUACCGUUCACUUGUCCGCGUCAUCUCGCCCACCACCAUCACCGGAUUUGUGGUCACGUUUUACUCGAGUUUACCCCAUUAUAACUUCUUCCCAUUCUCAAUGAAAAUGCCAAAUCCAAUUAACUAAAAAAAUCAUCAUUAUGUAAAUGUCAUCGGGCAAAAAGCGUAAAUUAAAAAACAUCAACAAAUUGUUAACUAAAAGUUCCACUGGCAAACUCUCAACUCUCUCCCAACUAUGUGAACUCAGAGAGAGGAUUUCGAUCUCAACCCAAAACACACACACGAACACUCACAUAUACUUGGUUACAUAUACAGGUGCGUGAAAGAUAGAAGGAGUGAGAACGAGAGCGUGUGUGAGUGACGAGGGGGUGGAGUGAAUUUCUACAGGACAUGUUAAAACACGCGUCCAAUGCGGCAGUGGCUGUCAAUGGACAGCUGCUACGAACAACAACAACAACCACCACCACAACGGCCAAUGCCAAUGCCGUUUCUGCCGCCAACGCCAAUGUCAAUGGCAAUAACAACAACAACAACACUACAGCGACCACCAACAAUAACAAUAAUAAUAGCAACAACAACAACCACAAUGGAAGCAAUGGAAGUGGCAAUAAUACACCCUGUGCCCUGGUCACAACAGCAGUAACACCAACAAUAGUUAACGGAGGUUCCGUCAACUCCUCAGCAAAAGGGACUUCCCCCAUACCCAUUCCCGCACCUGCUACUGCUGCUGCUGCUGCCGCCGCCGCUGCCGCCGCGGCUGCUGCUGUUGCAACUACCGCACGCAAUAUACACCUGCGACCGCCUCAGCCGCAACCGCUCAAUAUUUCCGCUUUAAAUGCAUCCACCUGCAGCACCCUGUAUAAUGGCGGUGGACGAACGUUAUUAAAUAUUGCCACAACAACAACAACACCAGCAGCAGGAGGAGCAGGAACAACACCACCAUCAACAAUAACAACAACAACAUCACCCUUAAAACCAUUGCUAACUCCCCUAACGCCCUUAACACCCAAUGGUCAUUGCAAUAAUGGCAAUGGGAAUGGAAAUGGAAGUAUCCAUCAUCAUACCUAUACCAAUCAGCACAUUUUAGCCAGUAGCCAACUGCAACACCAGCAUUCACAGCAGCAACACCAGCAACAUUUUCAUCAUCAUCAGCAGCAACAACAACAACAACAACAACAACCGCCACUUCCUCCUCCUCCUCCUCCUCCAACAUUCUCUCACAAUUUUAGUAAUUGCAAUAAUCUAACUGCCAACACACUGAUGCAAAAGGUCCAAAAACAUGGUCCAAGUCCACGUGAAGCCCUCAAUAGUUUGGGUCUAUUAUGCUUAGUUUCCUUAUUAUUAGCGCUACUAUCAUUGAUCUUCCUGUUGAAGAUCUCACCGAAUAGUCGGGAAGAUGCCUUUGCCACGACGCGAACAACAACGAUUAGCAAUGAGGAUUUCAUCAUUGUCUACGAUGUAACCUUAGCCCUGUGCGCUCUUUCGUUGUCCUUGAAUCUAUGCUGCCUGCUGGUCUGCGCCAUACAGUUCCUUUUCGCUGUCAAGCUACGCUCUCCCAUGUUCGAUGGCAGGGAGAAUAAAUAUUUGGAGAAAUCGAGUGCCAGUCGUACAUGUGCAGUGGGUGGAUUCUUUAUAUCCAUCCCCGUAUUCCUAACUGGCAUUAUUCUAUAUACAUUCAAUCAUUUUCAUUCGACGCCAGCGAUAAUAACGAGCAUUCUGAUCGGUCUGGGCAUCGUAUUUUGUGGCGGAGCCAUGGUUCACAAUGUCUUUGUAUGGCAAAAGGAGAAGACCAUGAGCUAUAGAAGUGGUGGCGGCGGUGUUGGCGUUGGCGUUGCUGGUGGUCCACCAUUUGUAGUCCCCUUAAAUAUGUCUCUAUUAUCGGCAGGACAAUUGCCAUUGUCCCCGGUGCCACAUAUGCAAUUUCAAGUACCAUCGUCGCCGCCACCGCCCCCACCAGGAGCAACAUCCUCAUCAUCGUUAAUGCCAACAUCGCCCAUACCCAUGCAUGGACCGCAGCAGCAUUAUCCGGUGGGUGGGCAAGCGAUUUCAGUGACUCCCGUGUCGCCAAAUCAUUCGCAUGGCAGUUUCAAUCCAUUACUCUGCUUGGGCAGUAACAAUCUAAAUGGCGGUGGUGCAAUCAAUUCAUCGUUUUUGGUUCGGACAGCCACAGCCACACCGCCCACACCAAAGCCGAGUGGUUCCAUAAGUCCGGGAAUACCGGCAACCCUCGAUAUGAGUAAUAUUACGAAUAUCUCUUUACACGAACUCUCCACGCUUGUGUAGACGACGACAACGACACAUCAUCUGACCCCAUAAGUUGAUAAGUAUUUUUUUUUUUUAGUUUUUAGACGACAAACGAUCCACCGGGUUCCAUCCAUCCAAUAUAGAAAUUCUUGCCUUAAUGCUUAAGCAAAAAAUUUUGUUGUACAUAUGUGUAUAUAUUUAUAUCAUCA